UGUCUAAACGCAGGAGCAUCGAAGACAACUCCGAUUUUGAAGAAGGGUCGAGCACUGACCGAAAACGCGUCCGCAUCGCCGAACCGCCAUCUACAAGUCAAGAAAACCCGACGGCGAAGCCUUUGCGGGAUGCCAACGGACACAAGGGUCGAUACAAGGAGAUCUUUACCAAAACUGAGUUCGACGAACUUGAAAAAUCCUUCAUUCUCGGAAUAGAGGAACGCAGAAAGAAGAACGAGGGUCGGUCAGGGGCCGUUGCAGAUGCUGGUGUAAUUGAGAAAAUCGAGCUUCUCCAGUUCAUGUGUCAUAAAUACCUCACUUUCGAGUUCGGGCCCCAGCUGAAUUUCAUUGUUGGUCAUAAUGGAAGCGGAAAGAGCGCCAUCUUGGCUGGGAUCGCCGUUGGGCUUGGUGGAAGAGCAGCGGUUACCGGUCGUGGGACAGGGGUCAAGUCUAUGAUACAAGAAGGAAAAAGGAAAGCUGAGAUAACGAUAACUCUGAAAAAUGGUGGCCACCGUGCUUAUAAGCCGGAGGUCUACGGAAACAAGAUAAUCAUCAUCCGUACCAUCACUCACAAAGGGGUUUCAACCUACAAGAUCAAGUCGGUAACCGGUCAAGUUAUCUCUAAUCGAAAAAGCGACUUGGACUCGAUUUGCGAUAAUCUGGACAUUCAGGUUGAUAAUCCAAUUAGUAUCCUGACGCAAGGUGCGGCGAAGCAAUUCCUGAAAGGCUCUUCGGCGGAAUACAAGUACGAGGUCUUCGCCAAAGCGACACGCCUUCAAUUGAUACAGGACGAAUACAAUGAGGCCGCUUCGAAAAGAACCGAAAUGGACGAAAUCCUUCUCUCGAAGAGUGAUUACACCCAAGUUCUGCGAGAUCGUUUUGGUGCCUGUCGCAAGGCGUAUAGAGAUGCUCAGGAUGCUCAGGACCUCCGUUCGAGGAGGGAUUGCCUUCUAUGCGAGAAGGCGUGGUCAGUGGUUAUGGAGAAAGAAAAGGAACUAGAGAAGGCCUUUGAAGCCAUUGCAUCUUCGAAAGGCCGCUUAUCUCAAAUUGACGAGGUGCUGGGAGAGGCUGAGGACAAAUUGAAAAAUGCAUCUGAUAAAGUAAAGGAGAUGGAAAGAGAUCACGACACUGCAAAACAAAUGGCGGAGGACAUUUGGGCAAAGAGAGGCGAGGUUAAACGAGAACUUGGAGCGAAGAAGCAGGAGAUUGCGAAACUGAAAGAAGACGAAGAUGCGAUGAGCCGGAGCCAACGCGAAAUAAAUUUCGAACUGGAUCGAUUGACAGCACAACUGGCGGAAGAAAGUCAAAACCUUGAACAAGGCACACAAACGCAAAAGGAGGCUGCCCGGAUCGAAAUAGACAGGAUGAAGGGUGACUUGAACAAUUUGAAGGAUCGGCGUUUAACUCUCCAAUCCGACCUUACGCGCCUGAAAGGCGACUCAGACCGACGCAAGGCCGACGACGACACCGCUCAACAACUUCUCAGCAACCUCAUGGGCGAGGACAGUGGUCUCGAAAGGGAGCAAGAACGUCUGAGAUCCCAUAUUCGCGAUCACCUUUCACGAUUCGGCCAAUCCCUGCAGACAGUUUUGCGGGACAUCGACAAAACUCAUUGGAGAGGCGUUAAACCUAUCGGGCCACUUGGCAAAUUCGUCACGCUAGAAGACCAAAGAUUUCUAGAUGACCUUAGUUCGCAACUUGGAAGCCUAUUGUGUGCCUUUGCUGUCAGUGAUGGACGGGACAUUGGACCCCUGCGAACAAUUCUGAAUCGAACUCAAAAGUCGAGAUCAAUGAUCGUCGUCUCUUCUGGAGAGCUGUUCGACUAUGAGCAGGGCGUGCCUCCGCCGCAAUACGAUACAGCGUUGCAGGUUCUUAAGGUAACAGAUGAAUGGGUGAAACGAAUUCUCAUUGACCGAGCUGGCAUCGAGCGUCUUUUCGUCACGUCCAGUCGAAAGGAAGCGGAUAAUGUCCUAAAAGAAGUUGGAAGCGGAGAUGCGCUUGGUGGUGGCAUGCGUGUUAAAUUGUGGGCGAUGAACACCGGACUCACGUCGCAGAAAAUAAACCUUAGAGAUGGAGACUUCCGGCGAUCGAUCCUCGCCCCCCAGGCGAACCACGGACAGCGUUUAGAGGAAAUUGUGACCAAGCGAAAUGCACUUAACCGCCGCGUAGAUGAUGCAAGAGCUGACAAGACGCAAUGCGAAGAGCGUCUUAAAGAAGGUGUCCGCCUAGUCAAGGAAUGCGAGGUCUCCAUCCAUGCAUUAGAACAAGAAAUAUCAGGCGCGGAAGCAGCUAUUAGAACCAGACAGGAGGAAGAAGAAGCUGACAGCCCUUUUGAAAUCGCCGAAAGGAAGGAAGAGAGUAGUGGUCUCCAAACUCAGCUCAACCACGUUGUGACUGUGAAGGAGGAUCUGAAAGCGGAAGUCAUGGGGUUACAACAAACAGUGGACAAUUUGAAGCAAGAAGGUGAAAUCGCAGACGAAAGUUUGCGAAGUAUUAGGGCCAGAGCUGAAGAGAGGGCGGUCGCCUAUACCGAAGCCCAGCAUCAGAAGGCACAUUAUUUGACGGUGAAGGAGAAGGAGCAAGAAACAUGCGACAAUCUGGACACUGCCGCAACGGAGAUGACUGCGGUAUUUACGGGUCGUAAAAAGGCAGUGUCUCUCGGAGAGAAACCUGAAGUAGUGCGCCGUUGUAAAACCAUUGACCGAGAUCUUGUGGCAUUAGAUGCCACCCUGAACCGCGCCCCAAACCCCUGGAUCAGCUACACAGAAUUGGAAACUGCGAAAUGUACACUCGAGGAACACGUUAAUGAAUGGUACCGGCUGGAGGAGCUCAGCAAGGCCCUCAAGGAAAAUCUCGAGAAGCGAAGGAUUCGAUGGAUCCAAUUCCUUGCCUAUGCAUCAGUAACGGUCAAGAACGAGUUUAUGAUUCGGCUUUCUUCAAGAGGCUAUUUUGGUCAGAUCAUUUUUGACCACGUAGAGCAGACACUGGAGCUCAAGGCAGACGACCAAGUCUAUAACGGGCCUGAAGAGAACAAAGAGUUGGACAGCAAGCGGAAGAAGGACGUUUCGUCGUUGAGUGGUGGAGAGAAGUCUCUUGCUACGUUGUCCUUCCUUCUUUCCCUGUGGGAAGCGUGCGACGUCCCUAUUCGCUGUUUAGGCGAAUUUGACGUCUUCAUGGACAACCAAAACAGACGAUGCUGCAUCAAGAUGCUGGUAGACGCCUCGAAAAGUGCAUUGGAAAGGCAAACCAUCAUCAUUACACCUUUGUCCAUCGACAACAUAUUCUCGGAGCCGCCUGUAGUCGUAAUCAAGCAAAUGUCCGACCCCAGGACACGAUCGUAAU